GGAAUUUUUAUGAAUGUUUUCUAGAACAACUUGCCAAAUUCCGAACACCCCGAAACUAACGUAAACAAAUAUCUAGCCAAAACUGAAAAUACCCCAUUAUAUUCAUAUGGUUUAAAACGGUUUGCCUGAACAUGAAUAUUGAAGUUGUUGGGAGAAUUCGGCCCUCCAUAAGGGCUGAGGGACCAGAGUCAUUGGUAAUACAAGGUCAAAGUAUUGCAGCCAAGACAGGGGGUUUAUUUGCUCGAUUGACAAAUCUGCAUAGGAAAGACUCUGGCACCUAUGAUGUGUACAAAAAUUCUGUGGAUGACUUGUUGGAUUUGCACAUGGCAGGAUUCAAUGUGUGUUUACUUGUAAUGGGAGAGAGUGAAUCUGGCAAAACCUACACAAUACAGGGAGAGAGCACCCACAAUGCAGGAUUGGUGCCUCUCAUUCUGGAUUAUCUGUUCACUAAACUUUCGGGAGAACAAUACAUGAAAGAUACCAGAGUCAGACGGCAAAACCCUCGUGUGUCCAUGUCGAUGGUUGAAGUCUACAACGAGCUGGUGAAGGACUUGCUACAGGUGCCUGGUGGGGGAGGGGCCUACCUUGACCUCCAUGAGACUGCAGAGAAAGGGGUGCAUGUCAAGAACUGCAGUAAGUCUUUCCUCAGAGAUGCCACUGAUGGUAAAACUCAGUUCCGUCAAGGAAUGGCCAGGAAAACUGAGGCUUCCACCGAUUUUGGUCCUGCUGCAAGACAUGCUGCCACCAUCAUCCAUAUUGACCUUGAAAUGUUGGUAGGAGAAAAUCCGAAGCCAAAUCUAUCUCGUUUUACUGUUGUUGAAUUGCCGGGAUUGGAGAAACUGAAUGAAGAUGCUGCUAUAUUGAGACAGAGGGAGGGCCCAACACUUAGCAAAGCUCUCAUUGGCCUCAAUUCUCUAGUCACCUUAUUGGCCGGCAACCCGUAUGCUGAUCGUGUAAUCAGUUAUAGUGACUCUAAAUUAACACAGUUGUUGAGAGAAGAGCUAGGGGGAAACUGUAAGACAAGAGCUUUGCUGAACAUCAAGCCGCAGUCUGAUCCCAAUACAUUUAACGCUAUAGUCCAAUUUACUACCAAACUCAGUCAAGUGAAGAAUUUCCCCAUCAUCAACGACUCCUAUGCUCAGGAGCUUAUUACCCAGUACAGAGCCAGAAUCAUAGAUCUGAGACAGCAGUCUGGGGUAGGACCCGCACCAAUGGCACAGAUCAGCAAUCUGAACGAUGUCAAGGAAACCAUCCGACAGCUGGAGGUGGAAAAUCUGAAAUUGAAAGAUGAAAAUGAACGGCUGAAAACCCGCCUGGAUGGAAUGCAGAAUAAAUUUGGGAGCAUGGCUCACACCAAAACAGACCUGUCUCAGCAGUUGUUGAUGACAGAGGAGGAGAAACUAAAGGUGUCCCAAUCUUUGGUGGAAAUGCAGAUAGAAAACAACAAGAUCCGAGAAGAGGCAGAGGCCACAAAAUUUGAACUGACCAACAAGAUUUUGAUGUUGACCAACAAUCUGAUGGAGGCUGAGAAUGACAGAGACAAGCAUCACAAAUCAGCUCGCAAUGCCAGGGAGAAACUGCAGGAGAUGGAGAAAGAGAGAAAAGACUUGGCCGACGAAUAUGUUGUCCUCAAGACAAACUACCUAGCCCUUGUCAGAGAACAUGAAAAAGAGACCAAAAGGAAUGACGAACUCAGCAUAGAACUGCUGAACUUGGUGAAUGCGAAGGCAGCAUUGAUGAAGCAGAUCCAUGCCUUAUCCGACAGCGACCCCGGUGUAGGUGACCCCGAGGCUGAGGUCAGCAGGGUCAAGGCUUUCGUCAUCAAGAACUCAACCGGCAAAGUGAAGGCUGAUGAGAUUCUGGGAUCACAGACAGACAGAUCACAAGUGGAGAACACGCUAUUUAACAACAAGAGGCGUUAUGAGAGAGACAUGGAGAGGAUGAAAAAGGAGCACGGAGAUGACAGGCAGAAACUGGAGGCCAAGAUGAAUGCUGUUCAGAAGGAACUGCAGGAGUCUCGUAAUUUGGCCAGAGAGAGGCAGCGUCGUCUCGCAGAAUUGAAUGCUGCAUUGAUUGUUGCCCGCGGGGAGAAGGAGCAGUUAGAACUCCAGCUGAAUCGACUCCAGCACAAGGUCAAGGACCUUGGAGAGGACUACAGGGGACGCCUCAUUAAAUACGUCGAAGAUAUCGCUGAAUUUGUGGAUAAAAAUAAUGCAGGACCUGAAGGUCGUAACUCGGGCCGAAUGAGGGAAUACGUGGAGAACAUGCAUAAAGACAUUUCUCGAUCUCAUAAGGAGCGAGAAGAACAGCUUAGUUUAGCAGCCCAGCAAUAUCGAGAGAGCAAGCGCACACUGCUCCACAAGUAUGAAGAACUGCUGAUACAUUACAGAAACUUGCGGCUUCAGUGUGAGGAGAGAGGUUUAGAUGACAUUGACAUGGGACCCGAUGAGACGGAACUGAAGUUGUCCGACUCAGAAAUCAACUCCUCCAAUCUGCGGGAAAUCACUCGUCUCAAAGGGGAGGUCAACAGACUCAGACAGACUACGGAGAAUUACAAAAACAAGUAUGGUGUGUCAGAGGAGGAUGACAUUAGGAUGAAGCCAGGAGAAAAACCAGCAGAAACCUGGGCUGCUUUGCGUAAGCAGUUAAGGGAGUACACACUAAAUACACAAAAGGACCUAGAAGAGGAGAGAGCCAAACUGAUGAGUGAAAACAUUGUGCUGAAAGAACAACUGAAGGAGAGUCAGGACUAUAUAGAUCACCAUCUUGUUAGGUAUAAACAAGAGAUUGUAAAACUGAGGAAAAUGCUUGGCUACGAUACAGAUGGCUCCCCUGUGCUGGGGGCUCCUUCCUACAGAAAAGGUCGCAGAAAAUAAGUGCUUGAAAACUUCUGGAUAUUCUACCUGUAGAAUAGACUAGUGUUAAUCAAGUCUAUAGAACAAUUCUUGCUGCACUAUAGAAACCAAGAACCAUGGUUCAACUACUGGCUAUAGAAUAAAGAUAUAAAUCCUCAAGUGGCCAUAUAAGGGAAUUGGUUGUAACUUAUGAUUAACCCAAAUGACUUUAUGGUGCAUGUAGUGCUUUGGCGUCCAUUAUUUCCUGGAGACUGUGAUAUUUCUGUGAUAUGUCAGUGUUGAUCAUUGCAAAAUAUGUAUGCAUGUAUAUGUAUAUCUUUAACUAGUUUUUCAAUGUAUUUUCAAAUUCAGAUGCUUCCAGUAUUUAUUAUUAUGUCAGUGUUAUUAGAAUCAUGUACAUGUAGUUGAAAACACUUUACAGUAUAUACAAGUAGAUACAAAAUUUUGCUUUUCCAUCACAGGAGGGUAUGUUCUAUUUUGCCAUUAGAAAAAAAUCUUUAUUAUUUCAAAGUGCAAUUGGUUCUGGCUUCCAUCAUUUGCUUUAAUCGUAUUAUAAGUAUUAGUACCAGGAUAUUUCACAAUUAGACAAAAAUUCCAGUUUUAAUUAUUAUUUUGGCAAACAUUCAAUGUAUAUUGUAUUUAUGCGUAUCUUAGAUUCCCUUUUAUAUAAAAACAGAAAAUCCUGCAACUUGGACUGCAUGAAGUUCAUGCUUUACAUACUUUUAGAUGCAAUAUUUUUGUACACUGCAUAAUAAAAUUGAUUUUUCUAUUAAA